AUGAAAUUCGACACUUUUCUUGCAACAGUUGGCGAUUGGGGUAGAUUUCAAAAAGUAAAAUAUACUAUUAUUUGUUUGACAUAUAUGUUACCACCAAUAAUGGUAUAUACUUAUACAUUUACAGCAGCUCAACCAAAUUUUCGAUGUCAAAAUCCUGAGUUAAUGUCACUUGAUAGUUAUAAUGAAUCAUUCAAUAAAUUCUUUGAUUCGAAAUAUAAACCAACAGAAAAUCAAUGUCUUAAUCAAAAAAAAAGUAUAUCACUUAAAGAAUGUGAACGUUGUUAUAUGCAACCAUCAGUCGAAUUUCAUGCAAGGAGUAGUCAAUCUAAUAGACAAUUAGAACCAUGUAAUAAAUUUGUUUUUGAAAAAGUUGAUUAUGAAAAAACAUUAGUUGAAGAAUGGAGUCUGGUUUGUGGUCAUGUGCCUUAUCGUUCAGCCGUACAAAUGUUUUUUUUUGGAGGUUAUAUGGUUGGUUCUAUAUUCUUUGGAGUAUUAGCUGAUAAAUAUGGUCGUCGUCCAAUAAUGAGUGUUAGUUUUAUUCUAAUGAGUCUUUCAGGAUUUUUAUCUGCAUUUGGUCCACAAGCUGCAUUAGGAUUUUGGCCAUCGUAUAUCAUUUUUAUAUUAGCUCGUUUUUUACUUGCAUGUUCAACACGAGGAAUAUCUGUAUCUGGUUUUGUACUUGGUUCAGAAAUAGUUGGACCAAGUAAACGUUUAUUAACUGGAAUUGUAAUUGAAUAUUUUUUUGCAUUUGGUCAAUUACUUCUUGUUUGUUUUGCAUAUUUUAUUCGAACAUGGAGAUCAUUAACAUGGGCUAUUUCAUUAUUUACUGUACCGUUUAUAUUCUUUUAUUUUAUAUUACCUGAAAGUCCUCGAUGGCUUGUUAGUAAAGGACGUUUUGAUGAUGCUGAAAAAGUUUUACGUUAUAUUGCAUUAAAAAAUAAACGAGAUUUUGAUCAAAGUGCUUUUGAACAAAUGAAAGAAGAACAAGAAAAAAAUAUGUCUCAUGAACAACAUCAGGAAGGUAUUAAAAUAUUAUUUAAAUCAAGAAUUAUGUUCUUUAUUAGUAUUAAUCUUUUUUUUCAAUGGCUUGUGCAAAAUCUUGUAUUUUAUGGUGUUUCACAAAGCACAGGAACAUGGAACUUAAAUCCAUAUUUAUCAUUUACUAUAAGUGCUUUAGUUGAAUUAUUAGCUUAUGCAGUCGUUCAGUUAAUACUCGAUCGUAUUGGUCGUAAAUUACCUUAUAUUUCAUUUGCAAUUCUAUUUUCUUUUGUUGCAUUUCUUAUUUUACCUAUACAAAAAUAUAUGACAAAAGAUAGCAAUGCUCAAGUUACAUUAUUGAAUAUAAUCAAUAGUACAUUAAAAUUUCUUGCAUCAGGAUCUUAUGCUAUCAUUUAUAUUUAUGCUAAUGAACUAUUUCCAACUAAUGUUAGAAAUACAGGCAUGGGAAUUUGUUCUAUGGUUGCACGUAUUGGUGCUAUUAUUGGUACAUUUUGUAAUGAUUCUUUAACACGUAUUUGGAUUCAUUUACCUGUAUUUUUAUAUGGUAUUGUUUCUCUUGUGGCUGCAAUAUUAGCAUUGACGUUUCCGGAAACCUUAAAUAGACCAUUACCACAAACUGUUGCUGACGUUGAACAGAUGGGUUUAAGAUGUUUUCCAAGUCACAGUGUUGAAAGUACAAUCACUGUAGAUCAAGCAUUACCAGGAAAUAGUGAAGAAGAUAUAUCGAAGAGGGAUUUACAACGACAUGAUAUUGCAGAUAAUAAUUUACUCAGGAAAGAUUUACACAAAACAAAAACUAAUGUGAUACAAAUCUCAAUAAAUUCUAGUUUAAUUGUAUUUCCAAUUUCAUUUCCUUGA